AGCAGGCCCUGCCGCCCGCGGCCCUCCCCCGUUGGCCCGGCAGAGGGGCGCACAGCGGUAGGGCGGGCAGCAGGGCACUGUGAUGCGAGAUGGCUCUCUCUGGGGUGCCCACAGGCCACCAGCCUGAGUCGUACGCGGUCAGCCCCGCGGGCCAGGGCUCGCAGUCCAACAGCACGGCGGCUGUGGCUCAGCUCUUCGCGCGCAUGUCGCAGGAGAUCGAGGAGCACAAACCGAAGAACUGCAUCCACUUCAUCGUGGACUUCCUCUGCAAGCACUACCCCGAGCACCUGCACGGCUUCGCGUCCAUCUGGCAGAUGGACCCCGACCUGGAGUCCGAGCGCCACGAGGUAGUGAACUUCUUCAAGGCCCACAAGAUCUCCACGGCCGUCGCGGCGCACUUCACCAAUGCCGGGUACGACACGCUCGACACCCUCACGACGCUUUCGCCCGACAGCCUGGUCGACGUCGAGGCUUUCAACAAUGUGAAGUGGCUCCCUGGGCACAAGGUGAGGCUGCAGCAGAUCUUCGGUGAGAUCUCGGCCCGCGUCCGUGCGU